AUGAUCAGGGGUGCUUGGAUGUGUAAUGCCGUCCUGAAAAUCUGUUUUGCACCCACAGCAAACGAGAAACCCUGCGUCGACUCACAGAGGGCAGAGAAAUGGCAAAUGUCUUUAGCGUCUAUGUUUCUUUUCGCUGUCCUGUUGUCUGAUUAUUUUUGCUCUUGCGCUGGAACGAAAUUGAGGAGCGGGGAAACAGCGGGCAGGAUCUGGAGUGACCCCGCAUCGAGGCAGAACUUGGCAACACCACACGACCAGAGCCAUCGGCGGGCUCAGUGUGAUCUGUCUCUGACCAAUUUGACUGACCCCGGUGAGGAGUUGGAAAGAGCCUGUCGGUUAAUUCCCAAGGGUCUGGAUUCCGCCUGCCUGUGGUCUUACUUCAGUCAUCUUCGGCUGUCCUUCUGCAAUUCUUAUACCAUUGCUGAUCUUUUGCGGGAUUAUGUCAACCCGAAUGGGUUAAACUGCAGUUUGGAUAUGCGGAUCAGUGAUGAUGGAGGGGCUAUGGCUGUCUGCAGUGAAUGCAUCAAAGCUUACCAGAUGGAAGACCAACAUGCUCAGGAAAAAUACGAGGAGUUCGAAGCAAUGCUACACAAGUACUUGGAAUCGGGGUAUUCAGUCAAAUCUUGUCCGAGCGACUGUAUGGCAGUCUACAAAGCGUGGCUGUGCUCGGAAUAUUUCAAAGCCACACAGCUGCUGUGUCCUCGCAGGAUUCCUUGUAAGCAAUACUGCCUGGAAGUCCAGGCCCGGUGUCCAUUUAUUCUACCAGACAAUGAAGACCUAAUCUAUGGCGGGUUGCCAAGCUUCAUCUGCACAGGGCUACUAGAAAACCAUUUAACCAAUGCAGAGCCAGAAUGCUGUGAUGUCAGAUGGAACACCUGUGAUCUAUCCUGGGACAAAGGUUAUAAUAUAUCUACCAAAUCCAUGGACUCCAUGUUGCAUCAUAAGUCUUCACUGCCUGUCUCAGCAGCAUCUCGACUGUGCAACAGCAGACUUAAGCUGUGUGUUUUAGUAUUAAUUCUUCUACACACUGUGGUGACAUUUACUGGUUUUCAGAACAAUAGCAGAGUUGGCAUGGAGACAAUGAGCGCACUGGACGACAGUUCCUCAAGCGAAGAGUAG